AUGACAAACCUGAUUCAGAAAAAUGCUUUCAUCCCCUUCCAGAGACUUAUUCAUCUACCAAGUAACCCUCAUUGGAGAAAUUAUGAUUAUAAUAAACAACGAAAUCUGAAGACACAAAAUGGCUUUCUGCAGUGUGUCUUUCGCCUAGAACAAUACAAUCAUUUAAGAACACUGAAACCGGCACUGCUGUUUUUGCUAAAUCCGUUGGAUUAUAGCUUCCUUUAUGUGCGGUUGGACCUGGAAAUGAAAGUUGAUAAGAAGGAAAUGAGUCCAGAGCAAAUAAGAACUAUAGCUUUGGAAACAAUUGAGCAACGUUUUCCGGCUGAGGAAUGGAUACGUGUAUAUACGGAUGGCUCUUUGAUCGAUAGGAUUCCAAGGGCUGGAGCUGGAGUUUUUAGCAAGCUUUUCAGUUUCUACAUACCUGUAGGGGCUUACUCCACUCACUUUGAUGGAGCCAUUCAUGUAGCUCUCCAACAAUUAUCAUUGAGACAGAGCUCGUUCAGGAGGGCUGUUGUACUGUAUGAUUUGACUUCAGCAAUGCAGGCCAUCUCCUCUUACCAAGAGUGUAAGAACACAUGCGUUCAACAGUGUCAGGAAGUCAUAAAAGAACUUUCCCACGAGAUAUCUUUUCGAUGGGUACCUUCACACUGA